UGGAGAGCAUAGUCAAUGCAUGCAGGCGCGAAUGGGGCCGCUUGCAUUAUUGAGAUUGCUGUCUUCAACGAUGCUGCACACUUUCCUCUCAUUGAUUGCCAAGUCUUAUCGGCAUUUGACUUUUCAGAAUGUUGUUGGAUAUGCAUUCACUUGUCGUGCAAAUUAAAACAGGUUAGCAUGAUAGGUGUGAAUUUUGAAGAUAACCAUGUCGCAACUGGGUUUGGCAAUCACCUUGCGCGGCCAAUUCUUCGUGAUGAGUGGAAUGAGGACUUGAGUUUUGAAGAUGGUGUUAAGCUAUUGGAGAAGUGCAUGCGUGUGCUUCUGUAUCGUGACAGAUCUGCAGUUAACAAGCUUCAGAUUGCAAAAAUCACUGAAGAAGGAGCAACACUUUUUCCACCGUACCCUUUGAAAACCUUCUGGGGCUUUGAAGCAUAUAAGAACCCCACUGUUGGUGCAGAAGGUUCAUGGUGAACUUUGAUCUGCAUAUUUGUAUGUUUCUUUAGACCCUGAUCUUGGCAUAUGUUAAUCAUGUGUUGUGACACUUGGAAAAUGUGUUUUUAGAUGUUUCGGAGAGACUUCUUUGUUAGAGAA